GUAACUUAGUAACUUAAAUGAAUAAAGUCAUCUGAUAUUGUCAUUUAAAUUGUUGAACCGUUGACAAAAUGGAGUUUUUUUGCAUACUCAUUCUAGCGUUUUUGGUUUUUAAAGGAAAUGUAAUCCAAAUCCAAGCUUAUGAUGAAAUUGAAAGCACACCGAUUAUUGAGGUGAGCCCAAAUCAACCAGAUCUGUCCAACGAUUUAAUUGAAGUGAUUCUCUCUAAAGCUGGUUUCAAAACAACAAAAAUGGCAGGACAAUCACGAGCGCUAAUGACUAUAUCUGGAGAUGCGAUGAGAAGGAUUUUUCAGGAUCGCAUUAUUGUGAUAGAUCCAAAUAGGUAUUACGAUGGAACCUAUGAGUACUAUAAUAAAGGCGAACGUUAUCUUGAAAUCGCGAAUUAUGCCAGACUUUUGUCACUUUUCCAACAGUUUGGUGGUAAUACAAGUAGAAUUCAUGUAUAUUACGGUUCAAUGAAUGAUAGUGUCCGCAGUGAAAUAAACAAAAAUAUUAUUAAAAAGUGCGCAAACCAAUUGACAGAACUUAAAAUUUCUACUUCGGAUGAUACAAGAAUUUGGGAAGAAUUAUCGAAUGAAAAUGGAUCAAUUUUUUUUCCAGAAGUGAAAAAAUUCAAAUACCUUGGUCCAAUCAGCAGAAAUUCAUUCGAUUUGAAUUCAAUAUUUCCUAAACUUGAAACUUUCACAUUGUUGGGUUCCGUGAACGACACAAACUGUUUGAAAAAUGUAAAAUCUCUCAAAGAAUUAACGAUGAGUACGAGUUCAAUAGAAGAACAUCAAUUCGAUAAUAUUUUUGCAAACAAUAAACAAAUAUAUAAGCUUUCUCUCGCGACCAUUACAAGAAAGACUCUAGGCGCUAUCGAGAAAAAUUUAAACAAUUUAAAAACACUUAAAGUUAAAUAUGUUUGCAGAGAAUUUUUUAUUCGACCAACUAAUGAAACCAAUAUAUAUAAUCUUGAAUCAAUACUUUGACGUCAAUUUUUAUGAAACGAGCGAUUUAAUUGGGGAUUUGUCCUUUGAUAUGCCAAAUCUGAAGAAACUCAAAUUGAAAGGAAAUCUAAUUGAUCAUCGAAUUUCUGGUUUUAUUAAUCAUUUCAAAGCAUUGGAAAGUGUGGAACUGGAUACAAACUGUAAAUAUAAUAUCGCGAAAUGUAUUGAGCAAUUAAUUUAUGUCAAAGAAUUUGCUACAGGCGGCUUUGAAAAUAAUAGAGUAAAUUUCUUGAAAAUUUUGUUCGAAUUGAAUAACAUCAACAAAUAUUUAAAAGCAUCUAGAAGGCCAACAUGGACACAUGAAAAAAUAAGAGACUACUUGGUGUUUAUACGUAAUUAGUUUGAUAAAAUUUAUUACUUUCAAAUUAAUUUAUUUCGGCAAAAAUAAAGUUUUUUAUUUCGAAAAUGCA